UUCCGCCCAUGCUGCGUGCGCAAAGCGACGUGAGUUGUCAGAUAUGACGUCAUGUUAAAGAGAUCCCCGGGCGGCUGCACGAGAAGAGAGAAUUGCUAGUAAAACAUAGCAAAUUACUACAGCAGGCUGCGCUUUUCCUCGAUCACUUUUCUGAUCAAAUAAGAACUUGACAUGGCCGCGCAAGCAUUGCAUAAAUACACCUUCAUCCUCCUGAAUAACAGAUGAAGGUAGACUGUAGACUCUUGAGGGUUUUGUGGAAAUGCAGAUAUCUUCAGCACAGUGCCGGAGAAUCCAUUUAUAAGUCGGCUAGCACGCACUAAAAUAAUUUGAUUUAAAUUUGCGGGAUGUGGCCAGACUGCCAAACAAGAAGAUAUCUGGUUCUUUUGAUCAAUAAGACUCUGGAGGUAAAAGGAACUACAUGUGACUGUAUGUAGACAUCCAUCUUUUUUGAUCUUCUGGCAUUGCACAGUGGCAGCAGGAGUUUUGUGUUAGCAUCAACCCUCCUUCCCACCCCCCGGCUACCACCAGAUCACAUGUCCUGUCUAUAUCGUGUCUUAGUGCUGAGUCCAGAGACGGCGUCUCCAUGACCUCGCAGUUACUCCUAAAUACAAUACUGGAAAGGGACUUGAUUGAUUGUUAACCCAUCGGUAUCUGCGCUGCUGUGCACUAUUAACAACACAACUAAAAAGGCAACAUUAUUUGUAAGGUGAAGAGACAGCGGAGAGAAGGAGAAUGGCUCUGACUUUAGAACAAGCUUGGAGGUUGGGCUGGAUUCUGCUGAAAGCUGUCCUCCGGUUCAUCUUCAUGGUCAUGAAUAACCUUGUUGCCAUCCCAUCAUAUGUUUUAUAUUUGAUAGUACUGCAGCCUGUCCGGCUGAUGGACAGUCGCACUUUUUGGCAUAUUGAAGGAGUGAUGUUUAAAUGGCUACUGGCAAUGGUGUCUUCGUGGGGCUGGGCUGCGGGAUAUACAGUAAUGGAAUGGGGAGAUGAUGUCCGGCCUAUUUCAGAAGAAGCAGCCGUGGUAAUUGCAAACCAUCAGGCGACAGGUGACGUCUGCACACUAAUGAUGUGCCUACAAGACAAGGGGACGGUUGUCCGCAAGAUGAUGUGGUUAAUGGAUCACGUAUUCAAAUACACAAAUUUUGGCCUUGUAUCUUUAAUUCACGGGGAUUUCUUUAUCAGACAGGGAAAAGCACAUCGUGACAAACAGCUAUUCCUGUUAAAAGAUCAUUUAGACAAGUACUACCACAGCCGGGACCGAAAAUGGAUAGUUCUCUUCCCCGAAGGGGGCUUUCUGAGAAAACGGAGGGAAACUAGCCAGUCUUUCUCAAAGAAAUAUAACCUGCCGUUCCUGAAGCACGUCACCCUGCCCAGGAUGGGCGCCACGGAGGUCAUCUUGAAGUCACUCGGCCCCCAGCAGGAGAAUGGGAGCCUUGCGGGAGGAGACGCUACAAGAUCAGCAAGCAAAUCCAGAGGUUUGCAGUGGGUCAUUGACAUCACCAUUGCUUACACAAAAGCAAAACCAAUGGACAUUCAGACCUGGAUCCUUGCCUACAGAUCACCUACAGUCACACAUGUACAUUACAGGAUCUAUCCCAUUAAAGACGUUCCCAUAGAGACGGAGCCCCUCACAAACUGGCUUUACCAGCGGUUUGUAGAGAAGGAAGAACUUCUUGCCCAUUUUUAUGAAACAGGUGCUUUCCCACCUCCCAAAGGCCAAAAAGAAGCAGUUUCCAAGGAGAUGACCCUUGACCCUGUGUGGCUUUUUCUUAUACAGUCACUUGCCUUUGCAUCUGGCUACAUGUGGUACAACAUCCUCCAGUAUUUUUAUUAUGUUUUUUUUUAAAACAGAAAAAAAAAAAAAAAAAAAAAUAUUUGGACCUCAACUGUUGAACUAAUGCACAAGCAUCAUGUUGUUCAAGUGUGAACGUAAAUUCACAUUGGUGGAAGACACCGAUGGAUUAAUGGACUAUUUUCACCUUCUUUUGAAAUUUAAUUAAACAAAAAACAAUCAACAAAAACUACACAAAAAUCAACAGCUCAGAACUAAAACCAUGAACAGGAUUCAGAGAUAAUGUAGAUGUAGUGACCUUGUAGAUGUACAAAGGUGGUCCCUUAGUAAAAUCCUUCCCCCCAUAGCUGUCUCUCUCUCUCUCUCUCUCUCUGUCUCUUAUGGUGAGGGUGAGGGCCUGCUUGGCAAAAUGUUGUUCUUUUUCCUGGAGAAGACCUUUCCGUCAAAUGGUUCUACUAGAAGUACACUCUCUGCUGUCCUUGGAGACUACCAUGAGAACUCAGGGAGAAACUCUCUGUAUUCUAAACUUUAAUCAGUUGGGAGAAAGCCACUACAGCCGAGGUUUGGUUGUUUCCAAUAGGUUUCUGCUGUUAGGGUCCCUUCUUGCACUACAGAUGUAUCAGCCACCAUCCCAGGAAGAACCCUGGAGGCAGCACAUGAGCUGCCUCCUGUCUCUGAGAAAUUCAUUAGUGGUACCUGCAAUGCCAACUUGGGAAUUCAUUUUGGAUGCUCCUAUACCUUGUUUACACUAGGCACCCAACUCGAGAUGAACUCCAGUUGUGCCUGUCUCUAUCUGCUGAAAGUUUUGACUUAAGUACAAGUUUUUUGGGGAACCAUUUUAGAAGUUAUGCCAAUCCAAAUCAAAGGCGUGAAUCUGAAGUGUGGUUACUCACUUGCAUCCUGUUUUAUCAGAAACUCAGGUUUGUUGCAUUGAAGGGUAAAAGUUUGUUGGCAACAUAACGGAGUUGGCAGUCGCAAGUGGAAACGAGGUGUCUCUGAAGAAAAGGCAGCAGCACAUGAGCACCCAGCAUUCCGAGUUCAAAUGCCACAGGGUCAUGAAAUCUGUCCUCAUCACCUAGAGUUCCUGUCUGUGUCGCAUAGUUCUGAUAUUUAAGCCAUAUGUGUAGUGUGGGGAAGAAAUUUACAAAAUGUUUUUAAUUAAUGAACUACCAAAAUGAUGCGUUGAACCCUUAAUUGCUAAGUAACCAGUAUGUGCAGUGCUCUCAAAUCAACAGCUGCAGGACCUAUACACAGGUGUUACUACCUGGACAACAUAACCCACCUAUGUGUGUGUGUUUCUCCUCUUUUUCUUCUUUCAUUUUUAUUUUUUGUGGAAGUGUUAAUUAUAUUCACAGUUGAGUCGCCGUCAGUUUAAACAUGCAGAGAUGGUAACAAAAUGCACAAUUUCGAUAUUUGUGAAAUUAUGUUGGUUUUAUUUCAAAUGUUGCCAUUUGAUCAUCAUGUGAUUCUUAUGCAUACACUACUACAUAAGCAAUCAUACUGUGAUUACAAACUGCCUCCCCCUUUUUUUCCUUGGUGAUGGUCCAGCUUAUUAUUUUUAAUAUAUUCCAUAUGCGUGUUUAAAUACUUAACCCAAGCAGAACCCAGGAUUUGGCUUCAUUGUUUUGAGGGGGACUUGGUUUAAACAAACCUGAGUUGUGCUAGGGUUGUGUAUAACAUACAGUUAUGGGUUCUGAUUUGAGAAUGCAAAAUGUAUCUGGGUGGAUCGCUUUGAAGUUGUCACAAGUGCUUUUUUGUUUUUAUUGGUUCUGUAAGUCUUUCAACUUCAUUUGCUUGUGGGUUAUGGAACUAUGGACUUGGCACUUGUACAACUUGAGGCAAGCCCGCAGGAAAGCUAGUUUGUUCUCUAUGAUAGACAUAACUAGAUAUACAAUAGGAUUAAAAAUGUGCAUACCAAGGUAACCAAUAAUUUUGAACCUCUACAUUUUAUACUAUACCCUAAACCGUUCUAGUUUGGUAGCGAAGGAAACAUGCUUGGGAAAUGUAAACCUAGUAGUACCAGCAAACCUAUAUAGGAGACUAAUAAUUCACUGGUACUGUAGGGUAGUUCAGUAGAUACAAAGUUUUUAAUUACCUGGUUUACAUAAGAAUCCGGAAAAAAUAAUAUGGAUAAGUAAUAUACAUGCACUAACCAAGUGGUAAACUAGUGUUGGCUGAAAUAUCCUGUUUACAUAUAUGCCAAAGUCCUUUUAGAGGAGGUUGGCUUUCAACUGACCCUUAGACAGAUCAUAUUGUAGGUAAUGGUGAACAACAGAAAACGAAUAAACUGGAUCUCCAAUGUUUAUUUGUACUGAAAGAAAAAUAUGGUUAGUUAGUAAGCACUGUGUCAGUCUGCAUUUUUUUCUCUUUUUUAGUGCUUUGUAAAUAUGACACUGUUUUCUAGUUUAAAGAUUUCAAAUAAAGUGAGGAUGUCGUAAAUGCUUGAGGUUGAAAUACGAGGUCCAGGUCUUACCAGUCAACUUGGUAAAAUAAUUCCGUGGAAAGUAGAUCGAGAGGGGAGGCGGUUCUUAUGUUUGUAAUCAGAAGCUUAUGAAGGAGUACAGGUUUUAAAUGGUUGUUGUUGAAAGAUUAAAGCCAUGUAGGCCAGUUUCAUUCCUCUCCCCUAUCUUUGCAGCAUUUGCUUUCAUCAUAAAAGAUGGGACUCCUAGUUUUCCUACAGAAGUCACUGCCUUAACUGGGAUGUUUGCAGUUUUCAGCUUGGGGUACUGGAAUACAGACAGGCAGCAACCCCCCACAAAGUUCUUUAGCCACUGCAUUCACAUCACUUACUGUUGUUGCCUCCUGUGCACUGCGUAUCCAAACAGUCUCCAAUAGUUCUGAUAUUAUUUGCAACAGUGCGUCACACAGAAGGCAGCAACAGUAAGCUGUGAAAAUGCUGUAAAAGUCACAGGAUGAUCAGUAUUUUGAAAAUCUGUAAUAAGAGGACAUUGUACUUAAAAAAUAAUAAUAAUAAUAUAUUUUUUUAAUAGCUGGUACAGUGCAGGGGAACUUCAUCAGUAAAACUUGUUCAAAUCCCUGUUGGGUCCAUUGAUAUUAGCACCGUGAUAAAAAAAAGUCUGCUUGCUAGAUGACACUUUUUUAAUGCAAACCCUUCUAGUGCACAAAACCGUAUUCACUAAUGCUAAAUACUGGAGGGACAAAUGUGCUUGUAGCUGGUGUCCGCGUGAUACAUAGAUGAAAUUCCUAGUGGUCUGUCUGUCAACAUGAAAUUCUUUACUUAGGCGGCCUCUUUGUCUUACCUUUUCUGAUGCAACACAAUUUCAAAUGCAAAGGAAGUUAAAUGGUGGCUAAACCCUUUCCCCGUCUUUUAGAAUGCAUUGUGGAACAGUGGGUGUCAGGUUUUUUGAGGGCUCCAAGUAGUAGAUUGAACUGACAGCUUUUUUUUGUCUCCUGGCCCUACUGCUGCAGUAAAUCACAGCGGCUUUGUGUAAUAAGAGGUUCUUAGAAGAAGUUUAAUGAGUUGGGUGGCUCUUUUAUUUCCUUCCCCUGAAUUUAAUUGAUAAUGUCCUAUUCCAGCUCUCACUUGAGGGAUUACAGUUAGUAUAUUGCAAUAAUACAUCUUACCUGCAGAGUAAUGGGGGCCUCAGGCCACUGGAGGCAUUAACACAGCACAUUUGAGUUAUAAGCGGAAGGUGAGGUGGUAAUCUGCUGAGCAAUGAUGAUGGCUGUCCUUUUUCUAUUGUAUCAUUUUCAAUUUAGUAAAACUAUCAAUGAAAGCAGGCAUCUAUGCUAAUCCAGUACCUAUAAAUGAAUAUUUGGGCACAGAUUAUGCUUUAACAAAAUAAAGUAGGACAUUUAUUUGUAAUUUUGGUAAUUUGUACUGCUUUUUAAGAAACUGUUUAAUUGAUUUAAGUUCAUGUAUUAAAACAGGUUCCACAGGUCUGUGUCUACCUUGUGUCACUUUCUUCAUCUAGUAUCUGCGUUUGUGUGUUUGAAUAAACUGGCUUCCUUUUCGUGGCUGACGUUCCACAGAUCUGAAUUCCCCUUUAACCCUGGAUGGCUGUACUACCCCAAAUUCUUUGUUACAUUACAAACAUGUGCUCAUAUCACCUUUGACAAAGAUGAAUUGGUUCCAACAUUUACAAGAAUGGGCCCACAUUUUCUGCACACCUUUGUGGUGAUGAACAGCCACCAUAAAAAAAAUAUAUAAUUGAACUAUAAAGAAAAAGUUAAUAAAGCAUGAUUUCUGCACAUCUGUUUAUGGUAGGUGCUAAAGUACCAUAGGUACUACUGGAUUAGCAUACAUAAUAGCCUUUCGUCAGAGUCAUUCUUCUGAUGGCCCUCUCAUCUAAAACACCCCAGGAAGAGAUUUCAUUCAAAGCACGCUAUCUUCAUCUUUUUUGAGUUUUCAGAAUUAUGGUUGAAUGGUAUGGGUAAAAGAUGUAUGGUUUUCAUAGAAUUACCUUCCUAAGAACAAAAAUAACACUUUGAUUUUUAACAAACGAGGAAGAGCUUGGCUUGCUCCUCUCUAAUUUGACAGUGUGUCCCACCUGUUUGUCUUUAAUAUAAUUUGAUGCACACAAGAAACAAUCCUUUGUAGUUUACUCCUCUGACAGUAUGUCUAAGUGAAAAGGGGGUUCUGCAUUAUUGUAUAGUUUGUUGAUGUGUAGUUCAAGGACGAAAGUUAAUUAGAUUUAUAUCCAGAUUUCCCUCUUCCUUUCCCCUCGAAUUUUCAUCUCCAGAUACGACACACUCAUAACUGCUGUAUUCUGCAACUUGCACAGUGCAACUUGUCUUUCAAUUUCUGCAUUUCUUCUUCCUAUUAUUUUUUAUUAAAACAGAGAUUCUGA